AUGUCGUUCCUUUCUCUGAACUUGCUCUGUCUGUGGUUUCUGUCAUGCGUCGUCCUGCCUUGCUUGGGGCAGGCGACCAGCCUCUUUCAGUGGGGGUUUACGGACUCAUCACUGACCGCCGAGCUGCCAGCAUGCGCACCACUCCCGAUCGUCGUGAUGUCCCGGAAUGCUGCUGACGAUGACGACGAGGGCGUCGCCCCUUACUACAUGACUGCGUACGUGUUGGGUGGAACGCCAGUAACGACUUUGAUUGGGACGGAUGAGGAUGCUUUGAGCUGGACGGUGAAUGUCCCAGUUGGUUCCCGAGUGGUUCUUAGUGUGGUUGAUGCGACAAGGAGCACUGGUGGUGUGGCGCCUCUGACAUACACGAUCAUAGCUGGCAACACAACGUCAUGUAUCGCUACGCCCCCACAAAACCCUCAGUUCCGGUUUUCUGCGAAUGUUACCGGCGAUUUGACCACAUGUCAACCGUGGGGUUUGUCAAUAACUGGCGGCGUUCCUCCGUACACCGUGUCCAUCGCCCAACCCAACUCGUUUACCGUCACCAAUUUGUCGAUGCCUGCUGGCACUGAUCGUUUUACCUACAUAAAUCGGGGGGCUCCAGAUACUCAGCUUCUCGCGGCGGUCAGCGACUCAACUGGGCGAUGGGCUGCCGGAACCCCGAUCGUCAACACGAAGGGAUCGACCAAUGUUACGUGCCCUGGGCUCUUAAGCACAAGUAUCAACUCUACCGCAGUCAUGGCGAGCGAUACUGCUGCCACCGAGGCGGAAGCUGCGUCGAGGCGUCGCAGGUCAAUUCUCAUCAUUGCGAUCACAGCUGUAUCGGCGUUCCUCUUGCUCAUUGGAGCCCUCGGCGUCGCUGUCUGCUUCGCUAUGCGCAAGCGGCGACGACGUAUGGUGCAAGAGGAGGAGGCCAGCACCGUCCCGCGACAGUUCAUCGCGGAGCCAUCGCCUUAUCCCCCCACCCAGUACUCGGGUAGCAUAGGAUACUCUUUCAACACCUCCAUCAGUUCGCUACCUACCCAGACAUCAACAUCGUCGAAGACCCGUCUCAUGCAGCCGCGCUCGCUCUACAUUCCCCCUCUUCCAGAAUCACCUGCGGUCGCCUCUUCGUCUACUGCGUCCGCAUCCCAGAUGAGUGCGGCCGCUGGUAGCGACAUCACAAGCCCCGGCGAGCGCACGCGACCGACUCUGUACUCGCGGCCUAGCGUGUCGACAACCGCGACGUCCUCAGUGCGACCGUCAGCAAAGGCGGCUGAGGCGGGCGUUUACCACUCGCGCUCGCCAGAGUUGGAGUAUCCAGAGUCAGCGCUGCCCGAUUCGAGCAACGUUCUCGGCCGGAUAACGUCGACGUCGACGGCUGCGGACUCGAUGCGUGGAAGGCCCUCGCAAAUGCCAACGGUCAGGGAGUACCCGGAGUCGAGUGUGUUAUAUGCAAACCCCGAGACCGGUGAGGUAGGAGCAUGUCCGAAGACUGGUGCCGGUCUCCAGCUUGCGGACGAGCCGCCCCCACCGUACGCCGAUAGAAGAUCUAGAGGGCUAAUGUAA